AUGGCGACGGCGGCUUCGCGUGCACGCAGCAGCAUCCUCAUUUCCGUUUGCGCUGGGUGCUUCCUCCUCCUCUGCUUGUCGCGUGAUGCAGCAGCCUCGCCUCUCUCCUUCAGCUUCGACUUCUCCAACAAAUCCACCUUCGGCUCAAGAAUCCAGGUCAUGGGCGACGCGCUCCAGCAAGACAACCUGGUCGACCUCACGGUCGACACCUCGUACAGGCGUGGCAUCCACUAUCUCAAGGGGCGGAUGUCGUACGUCGACCCUGUGCCCUUCUUUGACGGCGCCACCCACGAGUUGACGAGCUUCGUCACGCAGUUCACCUUCGCGAUCAAGCCCAUCCAAGGGGAGAUAAGGGGGGACGGCAUGGCUUUCUUCCUCUCCAGCUUCCCGCCGACAGUGCCGGUCAACUCGACCGGCGGCAACCUUGGCCUCAUUGUCCAGGGUGACGGGAACGCCUUGGGCGUAGACCGGUUCGUCGCCAUCGUGUUCAAGACGUUCAACAACUCGGACCACAUCGGCAUCGACAUCAACUCUGCCUCGUCCUCCAAAAAUGAAACAGCCUUGCCCGACUUCAGCCUGAAUGGCUCCAUGACGGCGUGCAUCACUUUUAAUGGCACCACCGGGAUGAUGGAUGCCUCCCUGCAGUUGAAUGACAACCGUUCCCUUGGUCCCUUUAAGGUUAGUUAUCAACUACCCGAUCCCAUGUCCUUGCUCCCGCCGGAGGUGGCGGUGGGGUUUUCUGCAGGCACAGGCGACUACUCCGAGCGCCAUCAGAUAAUGUCCUGGUCCUUCACCACAACUCUUCCUCAACGCAAAGGGCAAACUAGGAAGGCAACAAGGAAUGCACUGCUGAUUAUUGCUGCUUGCAGCAUCGUUUUGGUGGCUGGGAUCAUCGUUCUCCUCCGGCGUCGUUGCCUCUUCCCUGACAGGCAAAGCAUACAGCUUGGCAGCUUGGGGCCAAGGCAAUUUUCACCGAGGCAGCUCAAGCGUGCGACCAACAACUUUUCACAUCUGUUGGGUAAAGGUGCAUUUGGUCUUGUCUACAAGGGGACCUUGGAAGACAAGGAGGUGGCUGUAAAGAAACUAAGUCGCCGCAUGGUUGGAGUCGGAGCGACCGACUUCGGCAACGAAGCCAGGCUCCUCAUGGCGAUUAAGCAUAAGAAUCUGGUGAAGCUGUUGGGGUAUUGCAACAGAGGCGAGAACAGGUUGCUUUGUUUGGAGUAUCUCUCCGGUGGAAGCCUCGACAAGCUAAUCUAUGCUAAGACGCCCGGAGGAGGAGGACUUGACUGGUGCGCACGAUACCAAGUAGUACAAGGAAUAUGUUCGGGCUUGCAAUAUCUUCAUCAUGAAUUGGACCCUGAACAGAGGAUCGUGCACAUGGAUCUAAAGGCGAGCAACGUGCUGAUCAGCCGUAACGAGCGCGGAGACAUCACCAAUGUAAAAAUCGCGGAUUUCGGCCUGUCAAAGCUCUUCAGAGCGGACCUUACACACUCCUACACUGAACUGGUCAUUGGUCUAAAGGCGUACAUGGCCCCGGAAUACCUUAGCAGGGGCAGGAUCUCAGCCAAGGUGGACAUAUAUUGUUUCGGCGUUCUUAUUCUGGAGAUAGUCACUGGCGACUGCGCCAACGUGAAUGAUUCCUCGGUCGAAUUCAUCGACCGGGUAAGCGCUGGCCGGCGAUCGAGUUGUGCGCAGGGAGUGGGGCAACGGAGACGUGAGAAGGAUCACGGUGGAAAGCUGCUCCGACGACUGCAUUCCACAAGCUCGCAACUGCAUCGAUAUAGCGCUGGACUGCAUCCAGGAAGACCCCGACCGCAGGCCGGACGCGACAGAGAUAGGCCAGCGGCUCUCGCUUUCUCGUACCUGCGGCACAGUCCAUGCGAUGCAAGCUAUAAGCAUCGACCGAACUCAAGUAUAAUAAUGUCAAAAACGCUCUUAUAUUAA